AAAGCUUGUAUCAGUCAAUUGAAACCAGGACGCAAUGGCUUCGGGAUACGGUACCUCUGGUGGCCCGUCGCGGUGCUUUCCCUUCUGGCAGGAGCUUCUCGCCUGCUACGUCGUCAACUCGGGAGAAGGAGAGAAUGGAAAGUUGAAGUGCGUGCCGGUAAUGGAGGACUACUACGAGUGCCUACACCACAAAAAGGAGGCUGCCAGAACGAGAGCGCUACAGAAUGCCUACCGCAAGGCCCUUGCCGCCCACCCGCGAGAAAACGUCCCGAGAGCAGAGCAGAUCAGUUCCCUAGGCUUGUUGGGCAAAGAGGAAGAUACAAAGUUGGUUUUAGAAUCGCGGUAACGGAGUUUUAUCUUUUCGAUUAUGUGAAAUAGAAGGAGUCGAUUUCCACCUAUUGCAUUUCUCUUUUCUCUGUGUAUAUCACCUCGACCUUCGCUCUCUUUUUCCCCACUUUUAACGAUUUCAAUGGAGAGAUUCUGGACAUUAUG